GAGGAGGGGCAGGAGGGGCUCUGGGUUCUGCUUCCUCAGCACAGAGCCAGCACUGCCCUGCCCAAGCAGCAGGCAAGAAGAUGCUGCCCAGAGUCCUGCCGGGGGUCCUCAUCUGCACAGCGCUGCUCACCAGCUUUCUUGGCACAGCCUCGGCCUGUGACCUGCAGCUCUGUGAGGGGUACCCCGGCCCCGAGGGGCGCCACCACUCCGGCUUCUACUGCCCACGCCUCACUGACCCCCCCGCACACCGGUACUGCUGCCGCCUCGCACACCUCGCCCUCAAGUCCUGCUGCCCCCAGCCCGAGGCGGAGGGUCUGCGGAGCCUCAACCUGUCCCACGUGCCCAGCCCAGCCCGACUCCGCUUCUGUACCAAUGACUGGACGAUAGCUAAUCUGAUGCCAAUAUUUAAAAAGGGCUCUAGAGGUGACCCUGGCAAUUACAGACCGGAACCCUCUGCCUCUUCUGGCCGUGGGGCUCUACGGUCUCCUCGUCCUCACGCUCAUGACUCUCGACUUCCUCCACUUCUGCCAACUCAACCAGCACCGCUUCUACAGCCUCCUGAGCG